CUAGUCCUCCCGUGGCCCUAUUUUUCCUCGUCUCAGCAGUUCACGACUUCGUCUAAGGAACUUUUCCAACCACACAACCUCGUUCACCACCCAACACCAACACCUCAUCUCACAAUGUUCACCUCCCUGAUCGCCCUGGCCGCCCUCGCCCUCCCAGCCUUCGCGCAGAGCUAUGUCAGCGUCUCGUACGACACCACGUACGACAACUCCGCGCAGUCAAUGGACACCGUCGCGUGCUCUGACGGCGUGUACGGCCUCGCCUCCAAGUGGCCCACGUUCGGGUCGGUCUCCAACUUCCCGUACAUCGGCGGCGCGCCCGCCAUCACUGGCUGGGACAGCCCUUCGUGUGGCACGUGCUGGGAGCUGACGUACAGCGCCGGUAACAUUGACGAGACGAUCUACGUCACGGCCAUCGACGUGGGGGAGGACGGGUUCAACCUGAGCGAGGAGGCGAUGAACGCGCUCACGGACGGGAACGCGGUCGCGUUCGGGAGGGUCAGUGCGACUGUCACUCAGGUCGCCACUUCAAACUGCGGCAACUAAGGAUUUGGGAGCGCGUCGUACGUUCUAAUCGCGUGUUGUCGGAACAAAGUGCUGAUAUUCAAGCUGGUAGCCCGUUGGGGAGACUUCACGGAUGACAUCAUAGGCACGGACUCAAUUGACAUCACGGACUAUCACGGACUUGCUCUCAAGGGACUUUGUUGUAUAACUCGGGUACUUUUGGGACUAUGAUACUGAGCACACAGAAACAGCAUCUACGUUCAUACUGGACUGUCUACUUAGUACUGGCGGGCAUUUCAUGAUGCGUACUGGUUAUUCUGAUAGUACUUGUAAUACUUUGAUGUGAGCAGAUCAUUUGCUGCUGACGUCAGUUGUGACGAUAAGCACCCUUCUUUCCUGUCC